CAGGAGGACAAGACAGUCCCAAGCCAAUAUCAAAUGACGAUGUUAUUACCAAUAGCAAGGGUGAAAAGUCGGUGCCUAUCGAACAAAAACAGCUACGCAACAAGGUAAAUUCACGUCAUUAUGUGAGAAAAACGUCAUGGACUGAUGGUAAUGGUUUAUUAAAAGCUUGAAUAGCAAUAAUAAAUUGAAAAACUCAAGUUACAAGUAUUGUGAAAUAUUGAAACUCUAAUUAAAAUACUAGCUACCUAAUAAUAUUUAAAAUGAAUCAGAUCAAGGACAAUUGUCCCACUUUCUGACACAUGUUGGUAAAGAACUGUCACUGAAGCGUUUGGUUCUACACUUGAACAGUGCAAGUUUGCGAGGGCGCCUCAGAUGGUAAUGUUCAACAACGGGUUCAGGGAUUAAGUUCUUUAGUUUAUCAUCAGACGCUAGAGUGUUUUUGUAAAACGACCUGCAUAGGGACUCUCUUCUGUCAGACAGAGUAGGUAAGUUCGAUUCUAGCAGCCCUUCUCUAUACGUCAAGAGUGGGUAGACUAUUCUCACCGCACGACGUUGUAUGUCAAUGAGAAGUGCCAGACAGAGCAGGCAUACUCAAGUAAUGGUCGAAUUUCAGGUCUGAUGAUAGUUUUACGCCGAGUAGCUUAGUUGACUAUACGGCUUCCAAUGGGUGGCUGUUGAUAGUUAGGGCUUGUAGUGUGGGAUUGCUCUUAAGGAAUGAAACAGUAAACUCUUUAGUCUUUUUUAUGUUGAGUUGCAUGUUGUUCUCCGCCGACCACUGGUUAAUAUUGUCUAGCUCUUGUUGUAAAAUAGACGAGUCAAUAGAACAUAAGGGUACCGAGAAUAUGGAGUUUGUGUAAUAGGAUGUUAUGGUCGAUCCUGUCGAAUGCAUGUCGAAUGAGAAGUUGAUCACGCAGGUUCGAACAAGUGUCCGAGGGGUCUCGGUCGCUUGUAAUAGAUGAUGUAUCAACCUCGUACCCAGGGCUAGCCGCGCGUAAGAAGGGCUCUGGGUACGAGAAUGGCGGCCAUAUUAAAAAAUCGGGCGGGCAGGCCCUGGGUACGAGGUUGAUGAUGUAUUAGGUAAACGAGGGCAUGAGUCGUAGAUGACUUCUUAACGCUGCCGAAUUGGUAGGGGUCGAUGUAAGGCAUAAUAAUGCCAGCUAACCAAUGGAACACAAACCCUUCUAGUACUUUACUAAGGUCAGUUUCAAUAGAUCGCGGUUGAGAAGUUUUGCCCAAAGGCAAAACAUUGGCACACUUCCACAAAGAUGGGACACAGCCUUCACUAAUAGAGGAAUUAAAUAUGGAUGAUACUGGCCGGCGUAAUAUAAAAGCAAAGUUUUUCAAGACCCAAUUAGGGAUUUCGUCCGGUCCGCUUGACUUGUGUUCUUUAAUGGCAAAGAGUGAAUGUUCUACAACUUCAGGAGUUAUGAUAUACUCUUCGGGAGUGUAAUCUACAGGGAGUGGGGGUGAAGUCGAGGGAUAAGACAUCCUUUGCCACAUUGAUAAAAACGUUAUUAAUCGCUUCCGCGAGAUCAGCAUUUCUCAAGGUGACUCCAUCGAUAGUCAUACUUGAGAUAGGAGCAGGUUUGGACAAUCCAGCCAUAAGUUUUAUGUUGUUCCACCACUUCCUAGGGUCAGUGUCACGCAUUUGGCUCACAGUUCUCCGGUAGAAUUGGUCGCGCGCUUUUUUCCAAAGAUUGGUUACUUUGUUACGAUAGCGACAGUAGAGGUGGCGGUUUCCUUUUGCCCAGGCUUGUUGUCGUUUUUAGUGUGAAGUUUCACUUCACACUGUUGUGAUGGCUGGCGAAUUCACACGAAUCAGUCAGUCAGGCAAUCAGUCAGUCAUAGAGUAAACUUUCCGGGGGGUGUAUACGAUUUAUGUUUGCAGUGAUUUAUUGUACUUAAUCAGUGCUUUGAAGGUUAUUUAAGCAAUUUUAUUUAUUUUCUUUAAAUGUGCUUUUGUCCCUUUGCCAAGUUCACAAAAAUUUCGAGGGAUCGUUGUCGUUAUUGUAAAUUUUUGUAAUUUCAGAACAUUCGCUUCUCAUGUUGUGUAAAGGAUCUUUCCCCCCGGAACACCCGAUUUUUUCUAUAGCAGGGCAAAUGCGCAUGCGCUAUGAAGCCGUAGAUCACGAUGCUAGGAAGGAGCGACAGUGUUGUUUUCAAAUGUAUUAAUUUAAACAUUUCAGACGUGAAUAUUGAGUAAAUCUUUGAGAAUCUACGCAAUAUAUAAAUUUAUGUUAUACAUGACGGUCUUUCAAUCAAGUACUGAUAUAUGUGGACGGUAUAUUCAUUAAUAUACAGAGCUAGGAAGGAGCGACGUGACAGUGUUGUUUUCAAAUGUAUAAACAUUUCAGACGUAAAUAUUGAGAAAAUCUUUGAGAUUCUAGGCAUUCAAUUGAGUGCCGAUAUUAUUUUCACGGCAUACUCGUUGUACAGAGGUACAGUAUACGUAGGCAGAAGCGAGACAGUGUUGUUUUCAAGUAUAUGAACAUUUCAGACAUGAGUAUUGAGAAAAUCUUUGUCCUUUGAGAUUCUACGCAAUAAUACUAUUAUGUAGUAUUAUGUUGUGCAUUACCGGUAUUCAAUUAAGUGCCCAUCGAUAUUAUUUAGAACGUGUAUUCAUUAUACACUGUCAUUGACUGUAUAAGGUGUAUACAUCACAGAAUAUAUGGCUACGCUCAAUACAAAGAGCGAAACAACUAUUAAACAGAAGCGGGUAAACGUUUGUACGGCGUUUACGAAGAAAAUAACUUGCGAGUCAGAGCUCCUUAAUUAAAUAAGAAAGACGAGGAGAUAGCCAAUGCGUUAUCACCAACGUGUUAUCGCCAAUCGCUUGGCUCGCCAACAAGCUUUAUGCAAUAGAAAAAAAAAGCAAGGAGGUGCAUGUAGCCAACGUGUACCGUCACGGGCCUUGUCUUUGUUUACUGUAGCACAAUGCCGUUGUCAACGGUGUAAACUCUUGUUCAGUGCAACGAUAACUCUACCAGAUCUUACGAGAAUCAAUCUGUAGUAUUCUGUAAACAGAACUGUUCAAAGCUUGUCAAAACUGCUUUAAACACUGCUUAAUUGUAAAACUAUUGAAAUCUAAAGUGACAUUAUUCAACACAUGCGAAAAGCUGAAAAUAGACGUGACACUGGGAAAAGUCAAAAUUAAAAGGUCAAUGAAACAUGUUAUUGUGAAGCAUGUCACAAUUAGGUUAAAAUGCGGAAGCGGAUGGAACGGAUCCACGGAACGGAUAUGCGGAUAGAAUAAGGAACGGAUGAGAAUAAAAUGCGUCCUUUUAAUGAUGUAACGACGUAGUGCUUAUUAUUCAUAACAUAUCUUACACAGCUAUUUCAAUUAUAGUUUUAGAUAAAUUUGGCAUAGCAGUAGCCUCUUGGGGAGCUUUUAGCGACAGCUGCAAAUGCAAAUGAAAAUUUAGAAAUGCAAAAUUUGGUUGUUGGCGAAACCAUUUAAAUUUUGAAUUGUCUCGUGUAGCAUCAUGUAGCAUCACAAUAAAUAGAUGAAUUGCAUCAGUUUCACAAGGCAAGUUUCUUAUGUGUUAGGCUUGUUUCAAACGUCACGCUACUCGUGUGCCGAGCGUAUUAAAAGCAAUAAAUAAUGAGAUGUAAGCCAUCAGCUUUUCUAGGUUGUCGGCGACCAUAUAUAGUUCUUGCAGUGUCUUUUUCAAUUCGAAACUUCACACUAUCCUUGGAUCCCUAGUUUUUUAUAGCCUCUUAUUUCGGGUGUCAUCCAGGGUUUAUCUGCAGGGUGAAGUUUUACUGAGCGUUUUGGUGAGUACUUGUCAAUGGCGAAAUUAAGGAUGGACUGGAAUUCGUUAAGUUGGUGAACACAAGAGGAUGGGUGAUAUAGAGGGGUCCAAUUAGUCUGUGAUAUAGAGGGGUCCAAUUGAUAGGUAAUAUGGAGGGGUCCAUUGAUAGUCUUAUAUACAACCUAUCUGUGCAUGUAGACACUUUUUAAACCAGUAGAUAUCGGGAAUGUAACCCAAUAUAUGCGAAAAUAAUAACAUAAAUUAAUGUAACGAGCGCACAUCAAAUUCUUUAAUUCAAUUUAUUUUUGGUAAAUAUCGGCCACAUAUUUGAUAUCACAUCGUUGACAUCAUUUUAAUUACAUAUGGACAUUCUACCGUGUAUAGACAUCUAUUCCACCUUUUUUAGGUGUGCCCUUCUUGAUAUAAAGUGUAUGCCUGUCCCAUGGAUUGUCCGAUAUCAGACAAAGUAACAUACAACCAUAACUGGUUAAACACAAUCACAGCUGGAACGUCCGGCCAGAUUUUUUCAGGUUCUUUAUAUUGGUUCCAAUACACCCCUACAUAUUAAAGAGCAUGUUAUUUGAUGUUGAAUAAAUAUAAUCUAUUCGUUGUCGAAAAUAAUUCAAAAGGUGCAUGUCAGUUAAUGCUACCAUACGUGCCCAACUUUGUUAGCACUUUGUUAGUUACUAAUUGUCUAAACUCUAAAGCCAGAUUACAUGUCAAGGAUAUAUUCGACAGCAGAAUGUGCAUGCAGUAUCAAGUUGUGGGGUAGGUAGGUUUGGAUCAGGGUGGGGAGGACAGUAACUUAACAUCGUGAGAGAAUGGACAGUGAAUGAAUUGUGAAUGAAUUGCCUGAAAAAGAAUAAAGACACUUUGAUACUGAUAGUAAAGCAACACAUAAUGUUGAAUACUGAUUUGUAAGCAACACAUAAAAGACAGGUUUCUCCAGAGCAGCUUGCACUUAAAGUAUUGCGUUUUUCUGUAGGAACCUUGUGUCCCCAAUUAUGCGACACGGGUACAUUCAGAAUGUUCAGCCAGCGUACAAAAUGCAAACGCAUCCUCAUAACAAAUUUGACAUUUUCUUUAUCAGGAAUAUAUAGACAAAAGCACAAAUAUUCCCCUGAGAUAUAAAUUCCAAGCAACCAGCUUGGGCACUGGUUAAAAAUUAAAAGUUGGUAAGCAGUUGAAGGUCUCAAAAAUGGUUGGUGCUUUUGUCCACUAUUGAUGGGUCUUGCUAGUUUUUGUGCUAGGCUACUUGGAUAGGGAAACCAGGCUUACGAGUUGUGUUUUCCUUUAGGAUCCUUAUGGGCAACCAGUGAUGAGACCUACAUUCAUUCCUAAUGUCCAGCCAGCGUACCAAAUGCAACCGACCACUGCACCAUUUCAACCACAAUAUCACCCACAGCAACAUCAAUAUUAUAACCAAGGAAUGUCCCCUAUGUACUACGCCGUGCAGCCUAACCAACAAAUACAACCGCAACAGCUACCGCAGCCUUCUAACCCCACAAUUCAAACGAAUAAUCUAACCAAACCUAAACCAAAACGAACUAGUAAAAUUGUAAUUCGAGACCCAAGAGACAAUAAAGAUGUCACAGAACAAAUUCUUGACCACAAUAGUGCAGCAAACGGUCGUUCUGGAAGUACCCCUCUUUUGACAAAUUCAACUGCUUCGACAGAGUCCUCAACCAUCCAGGCACAGUUCGCUGCUCAGGUUGCAGCCCGUGCCGUUGGACGAGAGAAAGGCAAACAGGAUAAUGAGAAGAAAGCGGAAGAAACAAACAAGCUAAGGAACUUCAAGCAAGCAAGAACAGACCAAGGAUAACGAGAAGAUAGAGGAGGACAAGGACAAGGAAAAAGCAAAUACAGACCCAACAGAUGAAAUAAAAACAGAAGUAAACUAGAGGGAACUCGUAGACUGUAUCAUCUUCUCCAGCGAAUUAAGUGAUGUAUCAUGCAAAAUGGGCUAAUUACGCAUUCAGUUUACUCUACCUGGCAAAGAAAGACAAACUUUUGCUAAUUUCUCAUCCAAUUUUCAAUCAAAUUUAACCAAUAUUUAAUCAAUCUGUCCUUGGGCCAUUAGUUCCACAAAAGUUUCUAUUAAUGCGUUUGAUCUUUUUUAAGUCGUCGUGUUGACAUACACACACAGAGACACCAACAUAGCGAUGAUUUCUAGUCAAGGGGGGCGAAAAAAUCUCUGGAGGGCCCAAGCAAUUUUACCCAUAUGCUAACAUUUUAGAGUCGGUAUGCCAUUUUUAGCAUUUUGGGGGCUAUUUUAAUGCGUUUUAAUGAUUUAUAAAUAGCCAUUUAACACAUAAGAACUUUACUUCAGUAAUCACAAACGUAUCCAGAACAUUUAAAACAUAGGGAGAUAUAAAAUUUCCAUUACAAGAAAAUAUAGUGUACAUGCUUGUACUGGUCCCCAAGGGGUGGGGAGGGGGGGGGGGGCAAUAAUUUGCCAGGAAGGUUCUGGUUACGUCACUGACACAGACAUGUACGAGUACAAACGCCGACGAAAACAUAAACAAGGAAAUAGAUCUAUAGUUACCGACAAAACCCAUCCUAAGGAUUUGCCUCCACACAAUACAAAAACGGUGAACAUACUAACAUAGUAUAAGCAGAUCAUCAGUCGAAAACGGGACAUAUCGCCCAAAGAGCACUUCAGAUAAUACACACUUAAUCAAAGCUCACCAACAUUGAAAGAAAUGGAAAAAGACCCAUGAAUGUCAGGAGGAAAUUCAGAAGAAGCCAAAAGUUGCGCUUUUGCGAUUGAUUCUGGUCUACGAGAGAAAGACAAACAGGUUAACGAUAAGGAACUUUAAAGCCUGGGGCCGGUUGUAUAAAACUCUUAAUCACUUUUUUAAUCACUAUUUUGUAGUUAAAUAGUGAUUAACUCUCAAAUACGCGCUUCUUAUUGGAUGACGUUUCCACUAACUAUAGUUAUAUUAGUUAACUUUAAUCACUUUUUUAUACAACCGGCCCCUGGUUUACUCUAUCAACGUUUCUGUGAUCACAGUAGGAAUUUUGCAUAAUCUUGCAUUGAUAAGUUCUAAGUUUUGAAGGAUUUGUAAGAAAUGUUUGAGGGAAUUGGCUUGACAUUUAACACUUACCUCUGCAUGUAUUCUAAAAGCACACUCGCACUCAAAGAGUGGAGGUUCAAUCUGAACUUCCCUUGAGUGUCAGUGCUGUUUUUAAAUAGCUGGAGGGUUGGUGCCGUACCUUACUAUGUGACUACUCACCCUCCAGCUAUUCAAAUACAGCAUUGACACCCAAGGGAAGCUCCGAUCGAACCUCCACUCUUUAAGUGUGACUGUGAGUGAGCUUUUAAAAUACAGGCGUUAAGUCCGUUUUCCACUAGGCGAAUUUGUUCGCGCGAACAGUAAAAAAAGUAGGAACUGAUCCAACUUUUUCACGGCGAAUUUUUUCGCUGACCAAUCACAUUGCCAAGAUUUGUUUUUCGCUUCGCGUCGCGCGAAAAAAUUGGCCUAGUGGAGAAUUACGGGCCUUAGUUAGUUCCCUUAAACAUUUCUUACAAAUCCUUCAAAACUAGCCUUAAGCGAGAACACACCGGACGCGAUUCGACAACGCGACGCGAUUUUUCGAUUUUCGAUUCGACCUAUAACUUUGAUCCUAGUUUAAUUUAAAUUUUCCAAGUAUUGCUCUCAUUGGCUGUUUUAUUAACUUUCAAAAACUAAAAAAUCGCGUCGCGUUGUCGAAUCGCGUCCGGUGUGUCUGGACCUUAAAUGAAUAUAGACCAAUACCGCGAUUCGUUUAUUUGGUAAUCGUUUAUUUGGUAAUCAUAAUCAUACUGCUAAGGAUAGGAUUGUACAAAUCGUGGGUGCAAUUCACAGUUGGUCACGAUCCGUCCGAAUAGUGAAAUGGUUUACGAUCAUUAGGUUUGAACCUUGAACUAGGCUACCUUAUAAAAUAAGAACUUUAUUUAACCAUUAUUAUUGUCUUCCCAAAAUCUCGUCCAGUGUAACCGUUCCAAUUUUUGAUUGGUUCCUUUCAAACCUGCUACGACUUUUCUUGACCAAUCGAAAUACUCCUGUACUCGUUGCUCGGUCCAGUUCACUGGAGUCGCUUUCUCCAGGUUUCGAAGAUUGUAAAGUUUAUCUGCGCUAUCAGAGGAAAGAGAAUGAAAAGAGGACGUGUGCAUGAAGACAGAAUAUGUCGAAAUUUGUGUGUUAUGUAAAUAGUUGAAAUUCCUUGCUAAUUGUGGUCUUUUUAUUUAUGCUGGAUAACUCUAGCAGUUCUAAACUGUUCUCCCUAUAGUCUAUAGAGGUCAAGUAUGAAGAAUUAGUGAAUCAGUCAUUGCUCCAGUGUUACGUACACGUACUGAACUGACCGCCUUUGGAUUUCCAGUUUAUGAAACCAUAGAAUACAUACAAC